AAAAUAUAUUCAUUUUUCUUUUGAAAAUGAAUCUUCUUUCCGAUAUAGUCCUGUGCAACAAAAAUAUUCUUGUUUUUUUCAAGGUGAAGCUAGUGAACAAAGAUUGAAACAACUAGUCAAUUAUGAUAAUUGGAAUAUACAACAAGAUUCAAAAUUAAAAACUAUAGGUUAUGUUUUAUUUAUGAAUUAUGAAAGUUCAUAUAGUAUUAGCUUUAGUUGGACACAAACAGAAUUAAAGGAGAAUAAACAUAUUUUUUAA